CCAGUGCCAGAGCACAAUGCUUUGCGAAGUAGCUGGAAUUCUUCUGCUAGUCAACACAUGUUAUUGUCUACCUUUCUACAAUGGAUUCUUCUAUGACCAUAUCCUGAAUAACAAGACAGGCAACGGAGAAGUUGUUCAUUUCAAUGGAGUGAAGCUUGUAAUUAACACGCCUGAUGAUUCACUUUUUGGUUACCGCGGUGGUAAUAUUACCCUCCCGUGCACAUUCCACUACGAGCCAAAGUUAGAGUCUCAGCGGAGAUAUCGUGUCAAAUGGACUAAAUUACACAAAGAUGACACAAAAGAAAGAGAUGUGCUGGUUGCCGUUGGGUUAAGGCACCGCAGUUUUGGGGAUUACAAGGGUCGCGUUCACCUGCGUCAAAAUGUUCCUAAUGAGGUGUCACUUGUCAUCUCCGACCUGCGACUGGAGGACUAUGGGAGGUACAAAUGUGAGGUUAUUGAUGGUCUGGAAGAUGAAAGUGGGAUUGUGGAAUUAGAGCUACGCGGAGUGGUCUUUCCUUAUCAGCCUCACCAUGGAAGAUAUCAGCUGAACUUUCAUGAUGCAAAGAAAGCCUGUGAAGAACAAGAUUCGGUGAUGGCUUCGUUUGACCAGUUGUUUAAGGCAUGGGAGGAGGGUCUUGACUGGUGCAAUGCUGGCUGGAUAAUGGAUGGCACUGUCCAGUACCCUAUUACUUUACCCCGGGAACCCUGUGGUGGGAAGGAAAUGGCUCCAGGAGUCAGAACCUAUGGAGAACGUCAUAAACACCUACACAAAUAUGAUGUUUUUUGCUUUUCUUCUGCUUUGAAAGGAAGAGUUUAUUACCUUGAACAUCCCAACAAGUUAAACUUUGCUGAGGCGAGGGAAGCUUGUCAACAAGACGGAGCACAAAUUGCGAAGGUUGGACAACUUUUUGCGGCUUGGAAAUUCGUUGACCUUGACCGCUGUGAUGCCGGCUGGCUAGAUGAUGGCAGCAUCAGAUAUCCUAUCGCUUUUCCCCGUCCUAACUGUGGGCCUCCAGAACCCGGUGUCCGAAGCUUUGGCUUCCCAAGAAGACACAACAAGUUUGGAGUAUAUUGUUACAAGAUGAACUAAACAUUCUAGCCAUUCCAUUCCAAGAGCUUGAAGAGUCACGCUGUGCAGAACACGCUCUGUAUUCUCAAAAAGAUGAUGCAGGCAGAAGCAUUUCAGGUCUCUGCUUAACAUACCACCCCCGUUAAAAGACUGUAAAAUACAGUAAAAUGUUUCCAAAUGUAUGCAUGGGGUAUUUUGUGCAAUCCAGCAGCGCCAUAUACCCUCUAUAUUUUUAAAACAAGUAAGAUAUGGUUACGUUUUUAAAGUUUUUAUAUGAUACUGUCAUCAGAUGGUAAAAAUAACUGUUUACUCUGACUCAAUAGCUCUACCUCUUAGAUGAGACCAGUAAGAAACUUUAAAACCAAAUAUUGAAUGACUGAAAUACAGUUUGUUAAAUGAACUCCUUACUAGACAUACACAGGACUUUUAAAUGUAAAGUUUCUCAUUAUA